AAGUUCCCACAGGCUCCUGACGAAGUUCGGGCAACAAUGACAUCCUUUCAUGAGAUUGCAGGAAUGCCUAGUAUUGUGGGUGCCAUCGACUGCACCCAUGUCAACCUGUAUGGGGCAACCCUUGGGGAUGAAGAAUAUAUAUAUGUCAACCGCAAAGGUCAACACUCUAUAAACGUGCAGCUCAUCUGCAAUGCUAAGUUCUUGAUUACCAAUGUGGUCUCGAGGUGGCCGGGCAGUACGCACGAUAGCCGGAUAUUAAGGAGAAGUGCCAUCAGCCAAAGAUUCGAGAGAAGAGAACUGAGGGGUAUCUUGCUCGGCGAUUCAGGAUACAAACUAGAACCAUGGCUCCUUACCCCAGUUAGAGUGCCACAGAAUGAAGCAGAUCAAGCAUACAACAGAGCACACUGCAAAACCAGAGUUCUAAUAGAACAACUCAAUGGACAGAUUAAAAGCAAAUUCAGGUGCCUGAAUGGACAGGGGAUAUCAAUGGUCCCAGAGAGAGCAGGCAGGAUCAUAAUUGCAUGUUGUAUUCUACACAACCUUUCAAAACAGAUGAACGAGCCAGAAGAUAACCAUGAUAUUGACAUAGAGGAGGUCGACCAGCCAGCCGUUCAAGAGGCAAACAAUCCAGCUGGACUCGCUAUGAGGCAAAAUAUUAUCCAAACUUAUUUCACAUAAUUUUAUGUUAAUUAGAAAGUAUACUAUUAAUAAAGUUUACUCUCUCGGAUAGCUUGAAUUACAAAAUGUUAAAGAAAAUCAAACAUUACUAAAAAGUAUUAAUUUGACAGUACCCCUAGCACAGAAAAAAGGAAGAGGAGGUCCUUGUUUAUGAAGUGGAUCAGCUGACAAAACACCAAAAGAGGCUGGUUUUGAAAUAAAUGUGAUUUUUUAGUCUACACUGACUUAAUUCAUAGGUAUUUAUUGAAUUCCAAAAGAAUAUAAAGUAUAUUGCAGUCUGGUACAUUCAUUAAUGAAAGGAUCUUUCAAAAGUAUUUGCUAUUCGAAUUGGCUACUCAAGCACGGCUUGAUUAAUUUGUGACUUUUGAGUCUACAGUGACUUAACUCACAAGUUUUCGAAAAGAAUAUAAAGUCUAUUGCAGUUUGUCUGUAACUACAUUUAUUACUGAAAGGAUUUCUUUUAAAAGUAUUUGCUAUUCGAAUUUGCUACUCAAGCAUGGCUUGAUUAAUUUGUGAUUUUGAGUCUACAGUGAAUUUAAUACAGGUAUUUUUAAAUUUCCAAAACAAUCUAUAAAUUCUAUUGCAGUUUGUCUGCAAUAACAUUCAUUACUGUCAGCAUUUGUUCAAAAUAGUUAGCUAUACGUAUUUGCUGUUCAAGCAUGGCUUGGUUAAUUUGGAAAAGCCUCUCUUGGUAUUCUGUGUGCUGAUCCACAACAGAACACGGCAGCUUCCUCUUUUUACUUUUCUUAGGAACAAUAGUGCAACUCGUUUUACUCGAUCCCUCAUUUUCCUCUGCCACCUCUCCAACCUCCUCAACUUCAUAUUCAGCACUCAUGGUACUCAACAACUCCGUGUCUCUUGUAUUCUAAGCAGAAAGAAUGAUAAAAAUCAAACAUUACUAAAAAGUAUUAAUUUGACAGUACCCCUAGCACAGAAAAAAGGAAGAGGAGGUCCUUGUUUAUGAAGUGGAUCAGCUGACAAAAUACCAAAAGAGGCUGGUUUUGAAAUAAAUGUGAUUUUUUAGUCUACAGUGACUUAAUUCAUAGGUAUUUAUUGAAUUCCAAAAGAAUAUAAAGUAUAUUGCAGUCUGGUACAUUCAUUAAUGAAAGGAUCUUUCAAAAGUAUUUGCUAUUCGAAUUGGCUACUCAAGCACGGCUUGAUUAAUUUGUGACUUUUGAGUCUACAGUGACUUAACUCACAAGUUUUCGAAAAGAAUAUAAAGUCUAUUGCAGUUUGUCUGUAACUACAUUUAUUACUGAAAGGAUUUCUUUUAAAAGUAUUUGCUAUUCGAAUUUGCUACUCAAGCAUGGCUUGAUUAAUUUGUGAUUUUGAGUCUACAGUGAAUUUAAUACAGGUAUUUUUAAAUUUCCAAAACAAUCUAUGAAUUCUAUUGCAGUUUGUCUGCAAUAUUAUUCAUUACUGUCAGCAUUUGUUCAAAAUAGUUAGCUAUACGUAUUUGCUGUUCAAGCAUGGCUUGGUUAAUUUGUGAUUUUAAGUCUACAGUGAAUUUAAUACAGGUAUUUUUAAAUUUCCAAAACAAUCUAUGAAUUCUAUUGCAGUUUGUCUGCAAUAUUAUUCAUUACUGUCAGCAUUUGUUCAAAAUAGUUAGCUAUACGUAUUUGCUGUUCAAGCAUGGCUUGGUUAAUUUGAAGAAGCCUCUCUUGGUAUUCUGUGUGCUGAUCCACAACAGAACACGGCAGCUUCCUCUUUUUACUUUUCUUAGGAACAAUGGUGCAAUUCGUUUUACUCGAUCCCUCAUUUUCCUCUGCCACCUCUCCAACCUCCUCAACUUCAUAUUCGGCACUCAUGGUACUCAACAACUCCGUGGCUCUUGUAUUCUAUGCAGAAAGAACGAUAAAGGGAAACAAAACAAAACAUUAAUAAUCCUUAGUGCAAUAGUAUAGCAUAUGGGAAUGUUUGAGAGCACAUCUUUUAAUUUUGCUCCAUCAAGUCUAUUUUUCAUUGAUCUUGUGACUCCAAAUGUAGUCUAGUCAGAAAAAUGAGGCAAGUCUUAAGUUUAUCUAACAAACUGUUCUCAAGAUAUUUAAAGAAAAGACCUUUUCAAAUAUUGUAUUGAACUGUGACCUUGAUCUAUGAACUUGAGACCCAAAUGCUUAGUAAGCUCACUGUCAAUCAUAUAUGCAUACAUGAGUCAUGUUUAAAGUUGAUCUGUUCAUUGGAUCAAGUCAUUCUUAUGUAUUUUAUCAAGUUAUGUGACCUUGAUGUUUGACCUUGAGACCCUAAUAUCUAGUCAGCUCUUUGUCACUCCUAUGCAUGUACAAGAGCAUAUAGAUUGAAUUUGAUCUAUUUAACGGUUUUUCACUUAUUGUGAGAGCAAAAACGGAUGGAAAACCCUAAAAAUAAUGCCCUCGGCGAACACAUUCAGUGCACAGGGUCAUGAAAAUGCAUAUAUGAUUAGCAGGUUAACAGAAUUAUUGGUUCCUGUUACUGAUAUAUUUGAG